AGAGAGCUGGAAGCCGGAGGAUAAAGCAAAGAAGAGUCGAGAGAGAGAGAGAGAGAGGCGAGUGUCAACAAUGGCGGAAGGAAACAGAGCAGAGUCCAGCUCCAUAGAAGAAGAAGAAGAAAAAUAGCCAGAAUAGGAGCAAAAACGAAGAUUCAGGGCUGCGAUGGGCGGAGGUGCGUCGAGGUGGAGACGAGCGGCGCAGAAGAUCGGAUUUCCCUGCGCUUUUCUCGUCCGCGAUGCCCCUCCUCACCAAAAUUCCACCACCAUCUUGAACUCGACGGAUCCAAAAUCAUCGGUAAUGUCGGAAAGAACUGAUGGGGAAGAACAUAAUGGCUUCCCAGCGAAGCAAAGUCUAUGCACCAUAUGUUUGGAACCUCUUCUCUUGAAUGAAGGUGGUAGCAGCUGCAGGCAGUCAAAGAUCUUCACUGCUCAAUGUUCUCACACAUUCCAUCUCCCCUGCAUCGCCUCCAACAUCCGCCAUGGAAAUACGACUUGCCCGAUAUGCCGCACCCACUGGUUGAACCUCCCUCGCCACCUUCUCAUUGCUUCUCGCCCCUCUCGUCCUCUCGAUUCUGCCUCAGCCGAUCCCAUCCUUCGCAUACUCGACGACUCCAUCGCCACCUCCCGUGUCAACCGCCGCUUCUCCCUACGUUCCACUCGUUACGACGACGACGACCCCACCGAACCCAAUUCUGCUUCCCCCACUCGUAACACUCGUCUUCUCCUAUCCUUUGUUAGACACUCUACUCACCCUCCUCAUCAUCUUCUUCUUCGCCUCGCCCCUCAACUACCCCUUGACCUAGUCCUUGUUGUCACCCCCAAAGACGCGCACCUCCGACGUCUCAAGCAAGCCAUCGCGCUCGUUGUUUUCUCCCUCCGCCCCACCGACCGACUCGCACUCGUCACCUGCUCGCCCAUCGCCGCCACCCGCGCUUUUGCACUUCACCGGAUGUCUUCGCAUGGCAAGCGCGCCGCUCUCCAGGUGAUCGACCGUCUCUCCUACAUCGGUGAAGCCGAUCCGACAGAAGGUCUGCAGAAGGCGGCGAGGAUAUUAGAGGACCGCACGCAUCAGAACCCUAAUUCUUCCAUCAUGCAUCUUUCAGACAGUCCGACUGAGGGAGCGAUUGAGCAACGAGCACAUUGGUUCAACAUUGGAUUUCAUUUGGGAGAUUCGAGUGGGUUCAUCAUGCACGAGUUCGAGGAGUUUCUGGCGAGGGUGAUCGGGGAAGAGGUAAUGGAUGUGCGGUUGACGAUUGGUAAGGAAGGGAGGGUGGUGGGGAUUGGCGAUUUGAGGUGCGGCGAAGAGAGGAGGAUUAUGGUUGAUUUGAGUGGAGAGAUGGAGUUUGUUCAUGUGAGAUAUGAGUAUAAAGAAUGUGGUAGUAAGGAGGUUGUGGUGAGGGGAGAGAUGGUGGUGGAGUUAGGGGAGAAAGGAGAUGGGGGGAAUGUAGAGGGGGAGGAGGACGAGGAGGAAGAGAUGAGCAGUGGGUUUGGGCCAAGGAGGAGCUGUGCAGAGAGAUGGGACUAUCUUGAUCCAUUCAUGGCCAGGAGAUGGGCUAAGCAUUUGCAUGGAUUUAGAGUUUAAUUAUGUAACUGAUUUAGUAGUUUUUAAUGAAGACUUUUAUUUAUUAUUAUUAUUAUUAUUUGUGGUGAUCUUCAGCUUAAUUUAAUGAAUCUAGUGGCUUGUGUGAAUGCAGUUGAUUUGUGAGAAGCUAUAUAAAAGC